GACAAGUCAUCUGUUGUCUAUUGUCAAGUGAUAUGUCAUAUCAACAUUUUCAAUUUGUUUUGUUUGUUCAACAAAGUUAUUUAGAAUGUUUCUAGGUAUAUUUUAUUAUGGAAAGUUAUCAACCCGAAUAUGACAAGAACGGCGUAUUAUCAGACACAUUCUGGAAGACACCGCAGCGCGCGAUCCCGGGCAGACCCUGUCAGAGGGUCGGACAAAGCGAGGUUAUGUCUGGCUCAUCGUAUCAGCAGUUCCAGGCGUCUGUGAACGAUGCUUGGGACCUGGGGGAUGACGACAUCAUUUCUGGCAUCGCCGAGACAAGAAUAUCCAAGGCCAUAUCACAAACUGUCGCUUUAAACGUGAUAAAUUCUCAUAGAAAUAGUAGUAAGAACGUAAACAAAAGUGACGUAAAAGGUGAGAUUGAUAAUGUGAAACCGCAAAACGAAGUUGUGAGUGCAAAGAAGAAUGAUGUUAGGAAAGUGGGGGGUGGUUCAGGUGUGAGUGCUGGUCCGAUGCGACCGUAUCCUGGGCGGCCGAGACCCGUGCGACUGUCUGCGCUGACGUCACGAGAGGAGAGCAACGAGUCGAAGCUAGAGAGGUUCCAGCAGCUACAAGAGAACGCAGUUAUAGACUUGAACGAGCUCAAACACCUCAGUUGGUCUGGCAUACCAGUUAAGGCUAGAGCUAUAACAUGGCGUCUCCUAGCCGGUUACCUCCCCGCAAAUACCGAACGUCGGGCGGAGACGUUGCAGCGCAAGAGGGCGGACUACAAGCACCUCGUACGCCAGUACUACGACGCCGAACGCGACGACGACACCUACCGACAGAUCCACAUAGACAUACCGAGAAUGAGCCCGCUCGUUGCGCUGUUUCAGCAGAUUACUGUGCAGGUGAUGUUCGAGAGAAUCUUAUACAUAUGGGCGAUACGGCAUCCAGCUUCAGGCUACGUGCAAGGCAUCAACGACCUGGUGACUCCAUUCUUCAUGGUGUUUCUGCAAGAGGCAGCUCCUGGAGAAGAAUUAGACAACUAUCCCCUGGACAAGCUGACUGAAGAGCAGCGUGACGUCAUCGAAGCUGACUCCUUCUGGUGCCUCUCCAAGUUCCUGGACAGUAUACAGGAUAACUACAUUUUCGCUCAACUCGGGAUACAGUAUAAGGUGAACCAACUCAAAGAGCUGAUCAAACGUAUAGACAAACCACUACACGAGCAUCUCCAAAGCCAUGGAGUAGACUACCUACAGUUCUCGUUCCGUUGGAUGAAUAACCUACUCACAAGAGAGAUACCUUUAGCAUGCAGCAUUCGCCUAUGGGAUACCUACCUCGCCGAAUCGGACGGGUUCGCAACUUUUCAACUUUACGUUUGUGCCGCUUUUCUCUUACAUUGGAGGGAGAGACUCCUGCUGGAAAGAGAUUUCCAAGGUCUAAUGAUACUUCUACAAAACGUUCCCACGCAGAAUUGGACGGAUUCCAAUAUAAGCAUGCUCGUUGCAGAGGCUUAUAAGCUGAAGUUCGCGUUCGCAGAUGCACCGAAUCAUCUUCACUCUGGAAAAUCAGAUAGAUGACCUGGUUAGGUUAAAAGGGUUUGGUCAGGGUAUCCGGAGUUUGGGUCUGCAGUCUCGACAUAGUUGUUAAGCAGGAUACUUAACAAAUGAUUACUUUUAUAGUCUGCUAGUGGACUUCAGAAAUCAGUAAGUCAAUAAGGAAGUUUUAAUGGAAGUAAAAAUUCCAGAUCAAACCGUGGAGCAAUACAGCUGUAGUUAAUGUUUCGGGAAUCCAAACAGGAACCUGAAAAUUCUUUAUAAUGUUGCUAUAUAAUGUUUUUUAUGCAUAACACUGAAUUCAGCUGCAAGUUUAUUUUAGAAAUACAGGCAGUCCUUGACUUACGUCGUUUCGAUUUACGUCGUUUCAUGUUACGUCGCGUAUUUCGAGAACCUAACAUGCCGUAAGUACGAGGACUGCCUGUAUACCUAUUGUAUUCGCUAUAUAUGUCGAGGCUGUAAGGCAUUGUGGAGGCAUUUGCUGAAAGAAUGCGUGAAUCAAAAGAUGUUCGUUUGUUAUCAGAAAAUGUCACAUGUAAUUUUAUACCUGUUAGGGAGUAACAAACACAUUUAUACAUAUAUGUAUGCAAGAAAGAGAGGAAACGAUAUAUUAGUUUUUCUUGGCUCUCAGUCGAUUCAUAUUUUAACAUCAACUUAUAUUGUACUAAAGACCCGCCCCGGCUUCGCACGCGUGAAAUUUAUUUCAUCACGAUAAAAUACCUCAUGGCACUUAGUCCCCGUAGCAUGAUCACAACAAUAUAGCACAAUUACAUAUCACGUUUUUAAUCGCGUUUAACUGUUUAAAUUCAAAGUAAUUUAAAGAAAAUUGUACUACAUAAAAACCCACGCGGACCAAGCAACGAGACUCAAACCCACGCCCUUCGCUUAUGUUCAAAUCUAUACUAAUAUGUAUUAUAAAGCUGCAGAGUUUGUUUGUUUGUUUGAACGCGCUAAUCUCUGCAACUACUGGUCUUUCAGUGUUGGGUAGUCCAUUUAUCGAGGAAGGUUAUAGGCUAUAUUUUUUUUUCAAAAUUAGG